CGGCUGCCGCUGUCAGUGUUGGUCGGGGCCGGGCCAGGGCGCUGUAAAUGGCGGCGGAGGGAGGCGGAUCGGCGGCCACGCUGAACCCAGAGCCCCCAAAACUUUAGACUUGAAGCCCACAACUUUCCGGGAAGUGCGGCCGCUCCGGAGGCGUGGACGGAAGGGGCAGCCGAGGCGGGAAGUCUGGGGGAAGCGGCGGGGAGCCGGGGAGACUCGAACCCGCGGCGGGGGCGGAGUCCGCUAGUGCCUCGCGCCUCCGCGGCCCCCGCCUCCUUCUCGGCACCCUCCCCGCGGCUGGAGCCGGAGCCGGAGCCGGAGCCGGAGUCCAGUCCAGGGUUGCGCAGGGCCUCGCGAGCGGCUGCGCGCCGAGCCCAGCCGGGCCCCCUCCUCGCGACCUCCGGGCCCUGUGGCCCGAGCGUACCCGGCGCGAGUGAGGCCGGGGCUGCGGCUCCCGGCGGCUUUCGGGGAGCAAGGAGGAGGCCGGGCCGCGCGGCCACGCGCAGCGCCCGUCGCCCCCGGUCCUGGGGCCGGACCCCGGGUGUUGUAUGCGGUGCGGGGCGGCUGCGAGCCGGAGGCGAAGAUGGAAGGCUUAACCCUGAGCGAUGCGGAACAGAAAUACUAUUCAGAUCUCUUCUCCUACUGCGACAUCGAGAGCACCAAGAAGGUGGUGGUCAACGGGCGGGUGCUGGAGCUGUUCCGGGCCGCGCAGCUGCCCAGCGACGUGGUUCGCCAGAUCAUGGAGCUUUGUGGUGCAACAAGACUUGGUUAUUUUGGAAGAAGUCAAUUCUACAUUGCUUUGAAACUUGUAGCAGUUGCGCAGUCUGGUUUCCCUUUAAGAGUGGAAAGUAUAAAUACAGUUAAGGACCUUCCUCUGCCAAGAUUUGUUGCUUCAAAGAAUGAACAGGAAUCUCGCCAUACAGCCUCAUAUUCUUCAGAUUCUGAAAAUCAAGGAUCUUAUUCUGGUGUAAUCCCCCCACCACCUGGCAGGGGGCAAGUGAAAAAGGGAUCCAUAAGCCAUGAUACGGUUCAGCCUCGUACAACCGCAGAUCCACAGGAACCUGUGUCCCCAGUAGUUUCCCCACAGCAGUCCCCACCAACUUCUCCACACACAUGGAGGAAGCACAACCGUCACCCCAGUGGGGGGAACAGUGAGAGGCCUCUUGCAGGACCCGGACCUUUUUGGUCUCCCUUUGGUGAAGCACAAUCAGGUUCUUCCGCCGGUGAUGCGGUGUGGUCAGGGCAUUCUCCACCUCCACCUCAAGAAAACUGGGUCAGUUUUGCAGAUACCCCACCAACCAGUACUCUUUUAACCAUGCAUCCUGCUUCUGUCCAGGACCAGACAACAGUACGAACUGUAGCAUCAGCUACAACUGCCAAUGAAAUUCGUAGGCAAUCCAGUAGUUAUGAUGAUCCCUGGAAAAUAACAGAUGAACAAAGACAGUAUUAUGUAAAUCAGUUUAAAACCAUUCAGCCUGAUCUAAACGGAUUUAUUCCAGGAUCUGCAGCUAAAGAAUUUUUUACAAAAUCAAAACUUCCUAUUCUUGAACUUUCUCAUAUCUGGGAACUCUCAGACUUUGAUAAAGAUGGUGCAUUGACACUGGAUGAGUUUUGUGCUGCUUUCCAUCUGGUGGUCGCUAGGAAGAAUGGCUAUGACUUGCCGGAAAAACUCCCUGAAAGUUUAAUGCCCAAACUGAUUGAUUUGGAAGAUUCAGCAGAUGUUGGGGAUCAGCCAGGUGAGGUAGGUUAUUCAGGCUCUCCUGCCGAAGCUACUCCAAGCAAGUCACCAUCUAUGCCAUCACUAAACCAGACUUGGCCUGAGCUGAAUCAGAGCAGUGAGCAGUGGGAGACAUUUAGUGAACGCUCUUCAAGCUCACAAACUCUGACCCAAUUUGAUUCUAACAUUGCACCAGCUGAUCCUGAUACUGCUAUUGUUCACCCGGUUCCCAUUCGUAUGACUCCAAGCAAAAUCCACAUGCAGGAAAUGGAACUUAAAAGAACUGGCAGUGAUCAUACUAAUCCCACUAGCCCAAUACUUGUGAAACCAUCUGACCUUUCAGAAGAAAAUAAGAUAAAUUCUUCGGUGAAAUUUGCUUCUGGAAAUACUGUAGCAGAUGGUUACAGUAGUUCAGACUCUUUUACUUCUGACCCAGAACAGAUCGGGAGCAAUGUAACUCGUCAAAGGUCUCAUUCAGGAACAUCGCCUGAUAACACUGCACCACCACCUCCCCCUCCACGGCCACAGCCCUCGCAUUCUAGAUCAUCAUCUUUAGAUAUGAAUCGAACCUUUGCAGUCACCACAGGACAACAACAGGCUGGAGUUGUUGCCCAUCCACCUGCAGUGCCUCCAAGACCACAGCCCUCACAGGCUCCUGGUCCCGCUCCACAUCGCCCAGUGGAUGCUGAUGGCCUCAUAACUCACACUAGUACCUCACCUCAGCAGAUACCAGAACAACCAAAUUUUGCAGAUUUUAGCCAAUUUGAAGUAUUUGCUGCAUCAAAUGUAAAUGAAGAACAAGGUGACGAAGCCGAGAAACACGCAGAGGUCUUGCCGGUUGAAAAAGCUUCUGAUCCUGCAAGUUCUCUUCGAGUUGCCAAAACAGAUAGUAAAAUUGAAGAAAAGAUAGCUACUAGUGCUCCUGCCAAUGUGAGCAAAGGCACAACACCUCUUGCUCCACCACCUAAACCUGUUCGAAGAAGAUUAAAAUCAGAAGAUGAAUUAAGGCCAGAAGUUGAUGAACAUACUCAAAAGACAGGUGUCUUAGCUGCUGUUCUUGGAUCACAACCUUCUAUUCCUAGAUCUAUUGGGAAAGAUAAGAAGGCUAUUCAGGCAUCCAUUAGACGCAAUAAGGAAACCAACACAGUUUUGGCCAGAUUGAAUAGUGAAUUGCAACAGCAAUUAAAGGAUGUUCUUGAGGAGAGAAUUUCCCUGGAAGUUCAACUGGAACAACUUAGACCAUUCUCUCACCUAUAAGCCAAUUGCCGUUAACUGUGAACACAACCAUUUUUUUUGGUUCAAAACCAGUUUGGAGACCCAAACAUUCAGCUGACUGCUUAAUUCAACAUUAAAUUUUUGAUUCUGUUUUGCCCCUAUAUGUUCACCAUUGUAUUUAAGUAUCUUUUAUUUUUUAAUUUCAACAAUAAAAGGGUCAGGAUGACUUUU